UUUGUGAGAUUAGUUUGGAUAAUGCUUAUUUAAACGACUACAUCAGAUGAUUCAGGUGUCUUCAAAUCAUAAGAAUUCUAUACCGUAAUAAAUCAAUUUAAUACAUUAUUUACAAUUUACAUCAUGUGGCAGCAUGUUUCACUCUUUGUUGUAGGAGGUAAACAGCGGUUACUUAGCAAAGCGUCAAAAUGGCGUCCAAAGUGGAAGACCAAGAUGUAUUUCAAAGGAAAGUUCAACAAAAACUCCUGGAACAGUUCGAUGAGAAUGCACCUGGAGCGGAAAAGCCAGCUUCAGUGGAGGAUUCUAAAAAGAAGUCACCAUUCUGUGUCCAAAAUAUCCUGUUGUUGAUUGCAGCUGUCGCAGUGUUUUACUUUGCUGAUUUCCUUAAAGUCAUGAUGUAUGAUCAACGCGUUUACAUCACGUGGUACUGGAUUGGAACAACAUCUUUUACUCUCCAUAUCGGUGUUUGCCUCUUCCUGGCUAUUUACUGUAAUUUCUUUAGGAAGAUUGGCCCAGACGAGUGGGAAACGAGAUAUCCUAAAGCCAUUCCAAUAGCUGCAGCCUCUUUCAUCAUCGGAAUUCUGUGCCUUUCAGUUGGUCUGUGGCCAGUGUAUGGAAUCCUGAGUCCUGUGAUUCUUGGCAUCUUAUUUUUGGGUGUGGUUGUCAUAGUGGCAAUGUUUGGCUGAUUUUGUGAUCAAGUUUCAGUGGAAACAAAAACUAUCUUUUCUCUUUACAUCGCAUCUGUGUUUUUAAUUGUUAAAGUUUUAAUGCCUUACUUAUUAUUUUAUCCUGCUCAAUUGAAAUAUUUGUUCAUGUUUUGUACGAAAGUUUAUUAUCUAAAUUGCUGUAACUAUCACUAUCAAUUUACUCUUUUUAGUACUGCACACACGUGGCAAUUGCCUUGUACUUAAUAGACUAAAUAGAUAAAGUUGUAAUGACAAAGUACCAUGUGUUUGUUUUCCCUUAAAACACAACAUAAAAUGUGUUCAGAUUCUCUUUAUCUUCAAACAUUCAUAUUAUAUCUGUUUCCCAAUAUACAUUCAGCUGAGAAAAAAAAUGUUUGGUUUGUUUUUCAAUUUUUUCAAUGCUCUUAUACAAUGAGAUUCUGUUUUGAUGAUUUCAUUUUGUACUCAUUUUUUCAUGUAAAGUACCCUUAAAGUCUUUUCCCAUUGUCUGAUGUUGUGGGUUGUCUUAUGUCACUAUACUGCAUAGUGCCUGGGACCAUUCCAGCUCAUUUUUUAUGUACUUACGAGGAGAUGAUUUAUGAAAUACUAUCUAAUCAUAAUAUUGGUAGUGAGUUUCCUUUUUUCAAA